GAGGAGGUGUGUGAGAGAGAGAGGAGGUAAGAGAGAGCGGAGGUGAAAGAGAGAGAGACGUCAACUUUGGGUUUUAAACUUGUGGUUCUGGAAAGCUUUGGACACACGCUUCAUGUUUGUGUCAAUUCCGUGAUGUGGUGUGUCUGAACGCUGAGCCAGCGCGCUUUUCCAGCAAACGGCGAAGUGUUGGAGUCUUCUUUAGUCAGGUCUUUUCGGGUCGUAGAGAGAUGGACUCUCUGAAGAAGGAGCUGGAGGAGGAACUUAAACUUAGUACUGAGGAUAUUAGGAGUCACGCCUGGUACCAUGGCCAGCUCCAGAGAGAGGGAGCAGAGCAGUUGUUGCACAAAGACAGUGAUUUCCUGGUGCGGGAUCAGCGCUCAGGUGGAGGAGACUAUGUACUGAGCUGCAUGUGGAAGAAACAGCACAUGCACUUCAAAAUCAUCCGUGUAGUCCUCCGGCCCAAAGAGGGUUACUCUAGGGAGCUGUUUCAGUUCGAGAAUGACCAGUUUGACAAUAUUCCAGCUCUGAUUCGCUUCCAUGUGGGUGGGCGUCGGCCUAUAUCCCAGACAUCCGGGGCCACCAUCCUUCACCCAGUCACACGCACCCUUCCUCUACGGGUCAUCAGUGAGCGCCAGGCGGCGAUGUCAUCAAGCAGGUGCUCUGCUGGUGCAUCCACUUGGUCAGGAGAUAAGAACAAGAGGCGGAGUUUAAGCUCCACCCAUAUGGACAAACUACAGGUCCACAACAGCCUGCUCAGGUGUGGCAGUCAGCCUGCUAACCUAGAGUCAGUGGGGAUACCAUCAUUACAAUCAGCACAAUCAGACAGCAACCUGCGGCCAGGUGCACCUCAGAGCAGUCCACCCCAGGAGUCUAGCUCCGCCCCCAUCUCCCCGGUGUUUCGCACAGGCAGUGAUCCUUUACUCAGCCCCAGCUCCGCCCGCUCGCCUGGCCCCAGCCAAUCAGCCACCGGCGGUGCCACCCUCAGAGGCUCUGAUGGACAGCUGAACUCCCGGGCCCCGCCCAAACCUCUGCGAUUGUCCACCCUGUUUCCAGGGAUGACACCAGUGAUACCACGGAUUGAGGUGGACCCCGCCUCCCACUAUGAUGAGCUUGUGCCCCAGAUCCCGCCUGCCAUGCUGCCUAAAGGUCACACAGCACGUCUGCGGGUGCAGGAGACGUGGUGCAGCCGUGCCCGACUCACUGACACCAGCUUCACCUUCCUGGAGGCUCAGAGAGCAGAGGAGGAGCAGGAGGGGGAGGAGGAGGAAGGGGGGCCGGGGGAGGGGCCUGACUGGCGCUUUCAGCGCCCUCAGACAGAGACAAGCUCGUGCUUCCGUCUGGACACCUUCCGCUCACUGCUGCUGCCCGACGGAAACCGUCCGCUGGAGCAGGGCAUCCUGCACGCGCUCAAAGAGCUGUUCGCCCGCACCGACCCCGCCACCACCGCGCUGCACAUGCUCAGUGUGGACUGCCAGGUGGCUCGUGUGACAGGUGUUACAGACGAGCAGAAGAGGAUCAUGGGAGUGGACUCAGGACUGGAGCUCAUCACCCUGCCCCAUGGGAGUCAGCUCAGACAAGACCUUCUGGAGAGACACCAUCUGAUAGCGUUGGGAAUAGCCGUGGACAUCCUGGGCUGUUCGGGGCCGGUGAUCCAGAGAGCAGCUGUGUUGCACAAGGUCAUCCAGCUGGCCCAGGCUCUCCACAGCGCCGCCCACGACCUCUACGCCUUCUCCGCUGUCAUGAAGGCCCUGGAGCUGCCUCAGGUGAGCCGUCUGGAGAUGACAUGGCGUGUGUUGAGGAGAAAUCACACUGAGAGUGCAGUAACAUUUGAGAAGAUCCUGAAGCCCUUUCUGAAAGCCCUUAAUGAGGGGGAUAACUCAGUGUUGUCAGGGCCCGUGUCUCUGCCCCACAUCGUGCCACUGUUGAGGCUGAUGGAAGGAGAGGACGUUGUGGAGAACACUGAGAAUGGCUGUUACCUGCUCUACAACAUCCUGCAGUCUGCUCGUACUGCAACCAUGCACACGAAGGAGUACGAGCAACAUGCGCACACACUGCUGUCAGCAGGCUGGGAGCCAGUCCCGGAGCUGCUGGAGGCAUUCCGCACAGAGUUUGCCCUGCGCUUGUUUUGGGGCCAGGCAGGAGCAGAGGCGGGAAAAAAGGAACGCUACGAAAAAUUUGACAGGGUCCUAACUGUUCUGUCCAACAAACUGGAACCAAAUGUGACCUCUGAACUAUGACCUCCUGACCUCCACACAGGCGAGAGGUGGAGAGAGGCAAGGGGGCAGGCCUUCUUCUGAUAACUGACCAGACUAUAGCCUGCUCUGAUUGGAUGGAAUCAAUGGAACUGACCAAAGGUUCCAGUCAUUGACCGGAACCCAAGAGAAAAACCUUUACCGGACAUAAAUGGACAGUGUGUGUUCGUGUACGUACAUUUACACAAGACUGACCAUCAGGAAUCUCAGGUGUUCCAGUGCUUCCAAAGACACCUAGAUUCAGGUGUUUUCAAACAUGUUUACAUCUCUACUUCUAAACUGUGUAACUUUGUGUGUGUGUGAGAGAGAAAGCGCGUGUUUUUAUAUGCAUGCAUAUAAGAUAGGUUUCCUGUUUAUGUAAAUAUUUUCAUGCGUGACAAUCACUAGAAAUAUGAUUUGAGUCUGUUUUAAGAAUUAAAAAUGAAUUUGCUUUAAA